AUGAAGUUGGAUACCUCCCACAUGCGGUAUCUUACCGCAGACGACUUUCGUGUGCUUCAGGCCAUCGAACUCGGCUCAAGAAACCAUGAGUUGGUGCCUACUCAGAUGAUUCACUCCAUUGGAGGUUUAAAGUCUCCAUCUGGUACUAAUAGAGCCCUUGGUGAUUUGGCUAAGCUCAAAUUGGUAUCGAGACUUAGGAAUGCAAAGUAUGAUGGUUUCAGAAUCUCCUACUCAGGUUACGAUUACCUUGCACUCAAGCUGAUGCUUAAUAGAAAUACCUUAUACUCUGUUGGAUCAACCAUUGGUGUUGGAAAGGAGUCGGAUAUUUACUCAGUCAGUGAUCCUCUGGGGCAGCAGAAGGUGUUGAAAAUCCACCGUUUGGGAAGAACAUCUUUCAAGACGGUGAAAAACAACAGAGACUACUUGAAGAACAGAAACACCUCUAACUGGAUGUAUUUGAGUCGUUUGGCUGCAGAGAAAGAGUAUCAGUUCAUGACCAUUUUACACGACAACGGCUUUAUUGUGCCAACACCAUACGACUACUCUAGACACUGUGUGAUGAUGGAGUGGAUCAAGGGUUACCCCAUGAAGCAUAUGAAGAAAUACCCAGCAUACAAGAAGUUAUACUCUGAUUUGAUGAACUUCAUUGUGAAGUUAGCCAACCAUGGAUUGAUCCACUGUGAUUUCAAUGAAUUUAACAUUAUUAUUCGUGAAGACGCAAAGAGAGACGGCUACGAGUUUGACUUCGUGGUGAUCGACUUCCCACAGUGUGUUUCCAUUGAACAUACUGAUGCCAAGUUCUAUUUUGACAGAGAUGUUCAAGGAAUCCAGACAUUUUUUGAGAAGAAAUUCAACUAUAAACCUGAUCAUGAUGGGACCAUGCUUGAUACAGACGGAUAUGGAGAGGGAUAUAAAUACGCAUAUCCCAACUUCAAAAGAGAUGUGAAGAGAGUUAAGGAGUUGGAUGCGGAAGUCAAGGCUUCUGGUUGGACCAAAAAGAAGAACAAGGAAGAUCGUGAUUUGGAAAGUGCAGUUCAAGGUAUGAGAGCUCUUGAUUUGGAAAACGAGGAAGAUGGAGACGAUGAGGAUUUGUCUGAGGUUGACUCUCAAGACGAAGAUGAUGAUGAUGGCGAGUACAGCGACGAGGAAUUCGAUGAGGAAUUUGAGGAUGAAGAAGAAGAGAGCGAUCAUGAAGAGAAUGAGAAGAUCAUUGAGGCCAUUUCAGCAGGAUCCAAAAACUUAAAGAUGGAUAAGUUAGGAAAUUACAUCUUAGAAGAGUGA